AUGGCGGACCCUGCGGAGACCUGCAUCAAGGUGGUGUGCCGGUUUAGGCCGCUGAACAGCUCAGAAGUGGCCCGGGGAGACAAGUACAUCCCCAAGUUUCAAGGGGAAGACUGCGUGGCGAUAGCGGGUAAACCGUACUACUUUGACCGUGUGUUCCAGUCCAAUACAACUCAGGAGCAGUUCUACAAUGCUGUGGCUCAGAAGAUCGUCAAAGAUGUUCUGGAAGGCUACAACGGGACAAUAUUUGCAUAUGGGCAGACGUCCUCUGGAAAAACCCACACAAUGGAGGGAAAACUCCAUGACCCAGACAUGAUGGGAAUCACUCCCAGAAUUGUUCAAGACAUCUUCAACCACAUUUAUUCCAUGGAUGAGAACCUGGAGUUCCAUAUCAAAGUGUCAUAUUUUGAAGUUUAUUUGGACAAAAUCAAAGAUUUAUUGGAUGUAACAAAGACCAACCUUUCUGUACACGAGGAUAAAAACAGGGUGCCAUAUGUCAAGGGGUGUACCGAGCGUUUCGUGUGCAGUCCCACCGAGGUCAUGGACACCAUAGAUGAAGGCAAAAACAACAGAAGCGUGGCUGUCACAAACAUGAACGAGCACAGCUCCAGGAGUCACAGCAUCUUCCUCAUCAACAUCAAGCAGGAAAACUCUCAGACUGAGCAGAAACUUACGGGAAAGCUCUACCUCGUUGAUCUGGCUGGGAGUGAAAAAGUGGGUAAAACAGGAGCUGAGGGCACAGUGUUGGAUGAAGCUAAGAUGAUCAACAAGUCUCUGUCUGCUCUGGGAAACGUUAUUUCAGCGCUGGCAGAGGGCUCGAGCUAUGUACCCUACAGAGACAGUAAGAUGACCAGGAUCCUGCAGGACUCUUUGGGAGGAAACUGUCGGACCACCAUGGUCAUCUGCUGCUCCCCCUCCUCUUUUAAUGAUGCUGAGACCAGAUCCACUCUGUUGUUUGGACAGAGGGCAAAAACCAUCAAGAACAACGUUUCGCUGAACGUGGAGCUGACCGCAGAGCAGUGGAAGAAAAAGUGGGAGAAAGAGAAGGAGAAGAACAAGACACUGAAGACCACAGUCACCUGGCUGGAGAACGAGCUCAACCGCUGGAGGAGUGGAGAAAAUGUGCCAGCAGAGGAGCAGUUUGAUAAAGAAAAGGCCAAAGCAGAGGUUCAGGCCCUGGAUACUGUGUUAAACAACGAUAAGACAGCACCUCCGCCUACACUCGGCAGCCUGCCUGGAGUCAAACUCACAGAUGCAGAGAAAGACAAGUAUGGGGCAGAAAUGGCCAAACUCUACAAGGAGCUGGAUGACAAGGACGAAGAGAUCAACCAGCAGUCUCAGUUGGUGGAGGAACUGAAACAACAGAUGUUGGACCAGGAGGAGCUUUUAUCGUCCUCCCGCCGAGAUCACGACACGCUGCAGACUGAACUGAAUCGGCUGCUGGCGGAGAACGAAGCAUCCAAGGAGGAGGUGAAGGAGGUGCUGCAGGCCUUGGAGGAGCUGGCGGUCAACUAUGACCAGAAGAGUCAGGAGGUGGAGGACAAGGCCAGAGAGUUUGAGGCGCUGAGUGAAGAGCUCAACCAGAAGUCUAGCUCUUUGAACUCCAUCGACACUGAACUCCAGAAGCUGAAGGAGAUGACAAACCACCAGAAGAAGAGGGUCACUGAGAUGAUGUCUUCAUUACUCAAAGACCUCGCUGAGAUUGGCAUCGCCGUGGGAAGCAACGACAUUAAGCUGCAACAAGAGAGCAGUGGCCUCAUCGACGAAGAGUUCACUGUGGCUCGCCUCUACAUCAGUAAAAUGAAGUCGGAGGUGAAGACGAUGGUGAAGCGCAGCAAACAGCUGGAGAGCACUCAAGCCGAGAGCAGCCAGAAGAUGGAGCAGACGGAGAUGGAGCUGACUGCCUGCCAGCUCCGCAUCUCCCAGUAUGAAGCAAAGAUCAAGUCCCUGACAGACUCCCUGCAGAAUGUGGAGCAGAAGAAAAGACAGCUGGAGGAAAACGUGGACUCUCUUAACGAGGAGAUAGUCAGAAUUAAAGCCCAAGAAAAAGUCAACACCAUGGAGAAGGACAACGAGAUCCAGUCUGCAAAUGAAGUCAAGGACGCUGUGGAGAAGCAGAUCCUGUCUCACAGAGAGGCCCAUCAGAAACAGAUCAGCAGCCUGAGAGACGAGCUGGACAACAAGGAAAAAAUCAUCACAGAGCUGCAGGAUCUGAACCAGAAGAUCAUGCUGGAGCAGGAGAGGCUGAGGGUGGAGCAUGAGAAGCUGAAGGCUGCAGAUCAGGAGAAGAGCCGCCAGCUGCAGGAGCUCACGGUGCAGCAGGACAGAAGGGAGCAGGCCAAACAGGACCUGAAGGGACUGGAGGAGACUGUGGCUCGGGAGCUGCAGACACUCCACAGCCUGAGGAGGCUCUUUGUCCAGGACAUGUCCUCUAGAGUCAAAAAGAAUGCAAACGCAGACUUAGAGGACAUGGAGAGCAACGCUGCCCAGAAACAGAAGAUCAGCUUCCUGGAGAACAACCUGGAGCAGCUCACACAAGUCCACAAACAGCUGUUACGAGACAACGCCGACCUUCGUGGUGAGAUUCCUAAAAUGGAGAGGCGUCUGAGAGCCACCGCUGAGCGGGUCAAAGCUCUCGAGUCAGCUUUAAAAGAGGCCAAAGAGAACGCUGCCCGGGACCGCAAGCGCUACCAGCAGGAGAUGGAGCGCAUUAAAGACACCGCAAAACCCAAAAACAUGGGCAGGAGACCCUCAGCACAGAUAGCCAAGCCCAUCAGACCAGGCCAGCUGCCGGGAGCCCCUCUGAUCCCCGGUUUCAACAGAUCCAACCUCAUCCAGAACAAUCUGCCUCCAGGCAUCAAGGAGGGGGGCAACGACAGGUGA